AUGGAUGAGGUGGAAACACCUUGUCUAUUCAACGAGACUCAACAAGCUCUGAACCGGGCUGAGGUUCGAGAGCCUACUGAGGGAAAGGAUGCCUUCAAGCUUCUCAGCGAGCAAAGAGAAGGGGAAGCUAAAGGCCUCCGCACUGAACUGGAAAUGGCUCAGAAAGACCAUGCUGAACUGGUUCAACAAAAGCUUGACGUAAUCAGGCAACUCCGUGAAGAGGCUGAUGCACUAAAAAUCGAGGCCGAAGGCUGGAGGGAGAAAAUGGACCGCCUGGUCUCAGAGAAGGAGACUUCUCGGGACCAACUGGCCUCGGCUGAAAACCAGAUCCGAGGUAUGAAAGAGGAAAUCUUGGUGCAGGCCAAGAAAGUCGAGGAGGUCCAGUCCCAGUUGGGUUCAGCAGUUUCUGAUAGGAAGAAUCUAGUCGCGGAGCUCGAAGCAGCCAAAUCUGAAGUCAAGGCAGCCAAGCCGCUUCAAUUUCGAGCAAAAAAGGUUGCUGAAGCCGCUCAAGUUCGAGCAGAGAAAGUCGCCGAGCACGCCAAAUGUCAAUAUCGAAGGGAGACCCUCGAGAAAAUCCAUGCUCGGGGCUUUGAUCUCACAACCGAGAUUGAGAGUGCUAAGGAGCUCGAAGAUGAAGCCUGGAUAUUAGCUUACCCCAACGAUGACGACGACUCUGGGAGCUUGAGCGAAUCCGAAAGUAGAGAAGACCCCGAAGGCGGAGAUACCUCUCCCGGAGACGACCAGGCCACUCAGGAUUUUAGAUAG